GCCCAUGCAGUCCGAGGCAGCCAGCAACCGGCGCGUCCUCCCCGCCUACCAAUCGGCAUGCUCGGCUCGGGCUCCGCGCUCUGUGAGCAAGCCGAACCGCAGCGAGCGGCCACGCACGCACGCACGCAAGCACGCAUCUCGCCAGUGAUGGCCUCUGCUGUGCAGCACAGCGCAUAAGGCAAACCCCCACCUUUGCCCUCCACCAUGUACAGCGUGGAGGACCUGCUCAUCUCGCACGGCUACAAGCUGCCCAGGAGCGGCCCGCCAUCAGCCACUUACGACAAGCGGCCCACAGACUGCCAGCGUGAGCUCCUGCUUGACAACCGGGCGGGCCGGGCGGCGGUGGCGACAGCGCUCAACGGCUACGAGGCGGAGCGUGGCGGGGCCUCGGCGGCCGGCGGCUUGUACGGCAGCAGGCCGGCGCCCCUCAAGGGUUACGUGGACAGUGAGGGCGACAGGAGGAGGAAGGAGGCCUUCCUCGGUAUCCUAGGUGACGCUCAGCCCUUGGGUGAUUCUCUGGCUACAGACAGCGGUUUCUACGAUGUCCCGAGUUUGACGUACUCCGAGCCGCUCAGCCACGAUGAGAGGGAUAUUUCGUACUGGCGGAGGCGAGGCCAAGACUUUAGCAUUCUCCUGGACUAUGCUGAUGGCAGGGAGCUGAGGGCCUCUGCGGGGGCAUGGAGACCACAGGCCCUCAUAGCGGCCGAGGAACUCAGGGCAGAGAGGCAAGCGCAGCAGCUGUGGGAGGAAAUCUCCUGGCUGCGGGACCAAGAUACACCCGGUCAGCUGAGGGUGACGGGAGAGCGGAAGUGUCAGAGCCUCGGUACUGAGGAUUGGAGGCCUGCCGUGGGCCUGGGCAGGCAGUUGUCAGAUGGGGACGGCGAACGGUGGGCUUUGGAGCAGUAUCGCCUGAGGACACCUGAAGGUUUUUUUCACCCGAGAACAAAAGCCAAGUCUCAGUCCCUCCCAAGAGUUUUGUCACCUGAUGGAGCAAACAACAGAGAGCUUAUUCCAUCCAGGCCGAGCCUACCAGACAGACCGCAAAGGCUAAGCAGCACUCUUUUCUCCGGGCCCUAUAGUCGCUAUAUCUACAGCGGUGCUAUUGGCAGGGACCGAUGGGGCAGGAAUGGCGGGCCAAGCAGCCAUGUUGCACUUUUACCAAAGCCCAGGUUCAGCAGGCCUUUAAAGCCGCCGUCAUAUGAGAUUCACCAGCAAAUUAGGGGUAGCGCGGAAAUGCUCGCUAUAGACCAGGGUCUCAAGCUAAAAGACAGGCCUAUCUUUUAUUCGAGGGGAGGGGAGCUGCGACAUGACUAUUUUGCACAACACUCGCUCUCUGGAAUGGAGCCCCCGGGCUACAUCCCGCCCCCGUCUUAUAAAAGAGCCCCACCCCCAAGAGCUGUGUCAAUCAAUCGUAAUGAAAUGCUAAACCUGCGGUGGAGGUCAGACUCCCUGCAACCCAGCUCAGACCCCGGGAGGUGGCUAACAAGGCACACGGGUGAUUCGUGGCUAGAACAAUAUGGAGAUCGUGGGGCGUCCUACCGUAAACAGAUAACCUCUGGGAACAAAGAGCAACCGAGUCAAGGUCGUCAGGUAACAGCUGAAGACACGAGAGCGAAUCAAAUCUCAGGUGGAAAUUCUCUCACUGACUCAGACAAGAUCCGGAACAUCAACAAAGAGAAUCCAUCUGCUAAAAAUUUAGGACAAUCUACCUGUGAUAGUGCCUUUCCUCCCCAACAGGGACAAUCUCUCAAUGCUGGUCGCAAGACGACUCUUACUGAAAAUGACAGCAGCACUCGAUGGGGCAGCAGGGGAUUGAACAAAAAAAGUGACAGUGUAGGUCCUGAGCAAAAUCGUAGUCAAUUUUUCCCCUCAUCUAUUCUGGGCAAGCCACCACCACCCCCAUGCAAGCCAACUGACCAGGUUGUCCCUGAAACUGUGCCGGAAGUAAAGAAAGUCGAACAGCCCGAACCACCAGAGAAAGACAAGUCCAAGAAUCUCAAAAAGAGACUCAGUGAAACCAUUUUUUGUUUGGUUUCAGUGCCGGUCACCCCGCAGCUCACUGGUACAAUCCGUGAUCAGAACAACAAUAAUGAGAAGUCACCAGACCCAGCAGACAGUCCCAGUGAAAACAAAACGGGCCAUUUAACAAACCAAAGUCUCCAAAGCACAUCUUCAGCUGAGGCAGAGCUGCAAGCAUUGACUGGUAGCAUAGCGAGCAGCAAGACGAGCAGCCGAGCCAGCAGUAAAAUGUUCAAAAAAUUGCCCUGUAGACCCCCUAAAAUAAACCAUUACAAGGAGCUGAAGUUGUCCGGAUCUUGGCCCGCAAACCAGUACCGCGACCAGGAGACGCAAACUAGCCCAGAGGCCGAAAAACCUGGCUCUGAAAACAAGGAAGCACAAGAAGACCCUAUCCCUGCUGCUCCUGAGGCCCCUGCAGAUGGUGUCGGUGCGGCGGGCACUGCCUUCACGUUCCCUAUCAAGGGAGUGAAGAGCCUAAAACUUUCAAGUAACAGCGCCUUCUCCCUGACCACCACUUUCUCCAACCAGCUGAACAAGAGCACAGCUCAGCAGCCAGCAGUGCCAUCCUCAGGAAAUGUGGAGAGCAAACCAGCGGCGAGCAGCGGGCAGGAGGUGUUCAAGGUUCCCGAGUUCCUGCUGAAACCGAUUGUCAGUCAGCGACCGUGGGAUGCUGUCAAAGAACUGGAGGCAAUCCAAAAAGAAGUCCAGGAACAACAACAGCAGCAACAGCAGCAGCAGCCGCAACAGAAACAGAGCAACAAACAGCCAAGUGUUGACAAGUGCAUCGAGGACCUCAACGAGGCCUACAAAGACAUCUUAGAGCUCGGUGCUGCCAGCAAUAAAGUUCCAGAUGGGUCAGUUGAAAUCCCUGAGCGUAUCAAGAUCCGGCUGACGUCCCAGCCUCUCAACAAACCCAGCAGCCUUAGGCGAAGUGCAGUCAGCUGGUCUGUUGAUCCGGAGUACAGGGAAGUCAAGAGCGCCUUCUCCAGGCCCGCCACCAAGUCCGUCACAUUCAGCAAACAGCUUAGGGAAGAACUUCCUGUGCCCCCUCGGGAGUCGGGCUUUCGAGAAUACAGGGUUGUUCCUCAUCUUCCGCGUCGACGUAGCAAUGAUGGCAGGACUGUGAAACUGGACCUGCCGGAUGAACCCAUCGAGACGCCGCUUUGCGACUUCAGUCCCACCACCAACAGUGCUGCGGCGGAGGUGCCAUGGGCGGACCGACAGCCCAUGCAGGAUGCCUCCACACUUACAAGUCCUCCUGACUAUGAAGACAUAUGCCAGACUUUGCGUCACUCUCGGGAUCCCAACGAUCCUAAUGACCCGGCAGUUCCUCAAGAUCUUGAUUUGGAGGAGGAAUGCCCUAUUUGCAAAAGGGAGCUGGAGAACCAGUUGAGACAGGGUCCGCUGCCUCCUCUCCAUGAGGAGAACAGCUCGGAUAGCUCAGUAAAUCCAAAUGGAAGUCCGCCGCAGCGUAUUGCAGUUGAAAGUCCGUCUGAAAAUGCAAUGGAUCAGGAACUUCAGAACUCGAGUCUCAACAAGACAGGGUUAGAUGUAAACACUCAUACAAGAAAAAAGGAUUCUUCAACACAAGACAAUUUGGGAGAGGUUGAAGAAAGAGUAGAUGGUCCCACAGAUGAGCCAUCAGACUCUGAGAAAGGGAGUAAAACCGAGUUGAUGGAGUCAGCGCAGAAAGAAGUCACUGAGGGGGAAACGGACCAAUCUGUUGAAGUUGAUCCUGGACCAGGGCGAGAAAGAGAAACCGACGCAGCAUCGGAUGACAAGCAGGACCAAGACAGGAAGACAAUUGCUCUCGCAGAACAUAGACUUGUACUUUGGACCCAUCCAGGGCGAGAUCACACCGGGUUGCCAGAGUUCCCCCCAGAGAGACUGCCACUUUCAGUCGUGCCAAAGCUGGACCGGAGGCUGUCUCUCAGCUUGGAAGGGGAACGGCGGGGCGAUGUCCUAACUGAUCAAUUUGAAGCUCUCCAGAAUAAGCUAGCCAUUUCUCCUGGCCAAGGGGCCGCGGAACGCCCGCCCGGCAAGAUACGGGAGGUGGACGUGAUGUAUCGCAUGAGACGCCUCAGCAUCAGGAGCACUGACUCUGGGGAGGGAAACGGAGAGGCCAAGGACUCCCUGGAUGACCCCGCUGCUGGAUCGCUACAGGUCUUGGACAAAACUGCAAAGCAUGGUGACAAGUCUACUUUCAGAACGCUGUGACAGCUGAAGACGGCAGCGAUGGUAUGGAAAAAGACGGCGUCCAUCGUUUCCCCAUCUCGAGGUUUUAGCGCUCCACACAACACUGUGAACUGGCUGCCUAACUUAGAAUGCCUUCAUCUUCAUCUCUUGACACUGAAAUGGCCUUCUUGUCCGACGAGAGCAUUGUGUAAACACCCUCACCCUCGGCUUGACUUCUAAGAGUGCUGUUCCACUGCCAAAAGGGAGGUGCCCCGCCCCGCCCCACCCCGCCUCCACCCAACCCUACCUACCCAAAACGAGCGCCUUCCUUCGUCCACGCCCCAAUCUUCUCCCGAUGCUUUUCUCAUUGGCAGACAUUAUGCAACUCACCCAUGCAUACGAAUACACUCGAGAAUCUGCGCAUUAUGAAUGUAAGCGUUAAUUUGAGGGUUUUGUUAUUAUUUGCUGUACCAAAAUAAAGUCGCGACUGCUACGGUGGUGGCACCACUCAUCGCGACUGUGUUUGGCUCGAGAACUGUUUUUGAUUUCCCGACAUGGUUCGGCUUUUCUUUAACUCGGCGACAUUGUCCCCUCCUUCGACCCUCUACCCUCCAGUUGCUAAGCUAAUCACACGAUCGCCCGCUCAGUCCAUAGCGCGCCGGUUGCUUUGCUUUCAGGUGACGUCUGACCGGAUAGUGCAGCUCCCGCCGCGCAGGUACUUUCAGGAAGCAAUAAAGAUUGACAGCAACUCUAUCACAACAAUGAGAAACAAAUAGAACAGAACACAUUUUUU